AUGAACAAAGUGAUGCCCCAGCUAAAAGACUGUGAAACGUUAGGAGAAAUUUUAGCAGCGAGAAUACACGAAAGUAAAGCGAAGAGUGUAGCCAUAGAAAGGCUGCUCUCCAUUAUCCUUCCUGCGUGCGAAGUGAAAUUAGAAGAUAAGGAACUGCAAAGUAUUAACAGGAAGAUUCAGGAGCUUAUUGAAAAGAGGGAAAAGAAAAAAAGGUAUGCCCUCAUAAAUAAGAAAAAACCCAAUGAGGUCAAAAAUGCUCUUAAGAAUUAUAAGGAUGAGGUCGACAUGAUUUAUGGUGAUCUGUCCUACGACGAGGAGGAUUACGAGAAUGAGGAGGAUGCAGAGGAGUUCGCCGAGGACUACUAG